AUGGUGCGCGCACUGAGGGCUAAGGAGCUGCUUCCAAAGAAGUGGUUCCGACUUCCUUCCUCAGCACGUUACCUCGCUCCCUUGAUGGAGUAUGCAGGACCACUCCUGAUCGUCGUCGCCACGAGGAUGGUAAGCCUUUCUGCGAUGGCGCUGUCUGCUGCUGCUCUCGGAACCACAGCACUGGCAGGAUACCAGAUUCUCAUCAACCUCUUCACACUGUUCGCCUUGGUCGGGGAGCCACUGAGCCAAGCGGCGCAGGCGCUGUUGCCUCCGCUUCUGGAGAAGAAGGACACGGCUGGAGCUAGGCGGGCGACGAAGAGCCUGCUGUUCCUGGGCCUCUCUGCCGGCGCCGUGGCGGGCGCAGGGUCCUUCGCCUGCGCGGCGUUUGGUGGUGGCACCUUCUCGGGCGACAGUGCGGUCAUUGACGUCGUCCAUCGCAGUGCGCCGGUGUUGAUGUUCGCAGUGGCAUCACUGGUCUUUGCAUACCCAGUGGAUGGCGCAAUGCUUGCGACCAAGAACUUCCGAGUGCUCAUCGCUUUGUCCAUCUUUGGCCUCGUGGCGCAGCUUCCAGCUUUGCAGCUGAUCACCCGGUCCUUCAGUGGAACCCGGCAGCCGGCUCUUCCUUUGAAGUUGCUGAUGAUGACGAUGUUCGUGCGCCUACUGACGCUGUCGCUCUUCUCUUUGGCGCGACUUUGGGCAGACCUUCAGGUGAAGCCUGUCACAGAUGGCGAAGAACGCCAGUGA